AUGUCUUUCGAAGCAAAGCCACAGGAACCUAAGCCUUUCGAUACAGCUCUUUCGAUGGCGAAUUCCCUCGAUAUCGCAACUGCGCCUCCCCUGACCUCCUUCCGCCGAUUCCGAGAUCUACCCAAAGAGCUCAGAGACGAGAUCUGGAAGCUCAGUCUACCGCGCCUUCGCUAUGUCAAUAUCUCCGCUCCGAUGGUCGGCAUAGGCAGAAUAAAUAACAGCAGCACCCUUACUCAAAGGAAGUGUGUAAUCAAGACUCAAAUUCCUGGACAUCUGGGUGCUUGCCAAGAGUCUAGAAGCAUAGCCCUGAAAUACUAUCCUCCGCAACUCCACAAUCGCCAUGGUGGCUAUCCCAUAAACCUCGACUACGAUACCGAUAUCCUCUACUUCGAAAGCAAGGACGAUUUCUGUGCAUUUUACAGCGCCUUGGCGUUGUUCGGAGCUUCAGGUGGCGCCGAAAUACGACACUCCUUGCGCAAUGUUCGCAAGUUGAUGAUUCGAGGCAAAUUCCUGAGUGAACACCACCGCAGCCUUCUCAUCUUGGCUAAGAUGGAUCAAUUAGAGCAUCUGGCGUUGGAAGGAGAGUCAUGGUUGGUUGAGGCAGCCUCCGCUGCACGCUUUUGCUAUCGGUAUGCACCUGUCACGUUGCACUACAGAUGCAAAAAUGCUGGUAGACGAGCGGGAGAGUUUCUUAUUCCGAAUUUCCUGUCAUGCAACAAGAUGGAUGAGGCGGUGGCAUUGGGUCGAAGUUUUGUGGGGUAUCCAAGGGAUAGAGAGAGUAAUCAAGACUCAGAGCGCUUCACGUCUUUCCAACGCUUAUCACUUCCAGAACUCAACUCACCACGAAAUGGAAUGCUGGUUUCUACAAUCUUCGAGAAAGUCUGGGAUGAAGGAUUCUUGGCAAUAGUUCCAGCGAUCAGCGACGAGCCAUUACCAGAGGAGAUAGAAGCUUGGGAGGAAUUGGAGCCUAAAUAA